GCCCAAACCCACAAACAAGCUCAGCCACAGCUGCUUGCUAAAGCUAAAAGAAAAUCGAUAAACCAAACGAAACCAAUUCGUUUGAACCAAACAGAGGGCAAUAAUCUUCUGCAGGAGAUUUACCUGCAAGCCCCGUAAGCAUCUGAUGGAUACCGACAAGUCCAUGGAGACAGUGUCGGCUCCAAACCCUGCCCCCACUGCACCCCCUGAUCCUGGACCGGUCUCUUUUCCUGCUCUCGGCUCCAGUCCAGCUUCAGAUCAUGUUCCCAUCCAGGAGUCAGCAACAGUUGAAACGCCCAGUAUCCCAGUGACCUCAGAGGUACACCCAGCUCCAGAUAUCACCCCAGUUCUUCCUGUAGACCCUGUUGGGACUUCCAAACCCAUUCCAGGUUUUGAGCCAUCUGCACUCCAGCAGGUCGAACCAGGUCCACCACCUCUUCCCCCAGCUGCUGCCAAGAACCCCAGCUGUAAGAUCAUGACUUUCAGGCCUACCAUGGAGGAGUUUAAAGACUUUGCCCAAUAUAUCGUGUACAUGGAGAGUCAAGGAGCUCAUCGUGCCGGCCUUGCAAAGGUGAUUCCCCCAGAGGGCUGGAAACCUCGGCAAUCCUAUGAUACUAUUGAAGACAUGGUGAUCCCAGCCCCCAUCAUGCAGGUGGUAACUGGUCAGUCUGGGCUGUUUACCCAAUACAACAUUCAGAAGAAAUCCAUGACUGUGGGUGAAUAUCGCAAGCUGGCCAACAGCAAAAAAUAUUGCACCCCACGCCACAAAGAUUUUGAUGACCUGGAGAGGAAGUACUGGAAGAACCUCACAUUUGUGUCACCCAUUUAUGGGGCUGAUGUCAGUGGCUCCAUCUACGAUGAGGGCAUUCAUGAGUGGAACAUUGGCCACCUCAACACUCUGCUGGAUAUGGUAGAGCAGGAGUGCGGUAUUGUCAUUGAAGGAGUCAACACACCGUACCUUUAUUUUGGCAUGUGGAAGACCACCUUUGCCUGGCACACUGAGGACAUGGACCUCUACAGCAUCAACUACCUUCACUUUGGGCAGCCAAAGUCCUGGUACAGUGUUCCUCCUGAGCAUGGCAAGAGACUGGAGAGGCUUGCACAAGGAUUCUUCCCUGGCAGCUCCCAAGGCUGCGAUGCCUUCCUCCGUCACAAGAUGACACUGAUAUCUCCAUCCAUCCUGAAGAAAUAUGGCAUUCCCUUUGACAAGGUAACUCAGAAUGAAGGGGAGUUUAUAAUUACAUUCCCCUACGGCUACCACGCUGGCUUCAACCACGGCUUCAACUGUGCUGAAUCCACAAACUUUGCAACUCUACGUUGGGUCAACUAUGGAAAGAAUGCCACACUGUGUUCCUGCCGGAAGGACAUGGUGAAAAUCUCAAUGGAUGUGUUUGUUCGCUGCCUGCAACCGAGUCGCUACGAGCUAUGGAAACAAGGCAGAGACAUCACAGUGUUGGAUCAUCUGAAGGCUACAGAGUUGUCCAGUCCUGAACUGGAGAGCUGGAGGCAGCACAGGAUCACCUACCGGCAAAACCUCCUUCAGAAAGCAUUGAACAAGAUGAAGCAGGUUCGGCGCCUUAAGCUUGAGGAGGUGAAGGUGCUGGCGGAAGAAGGAAUUGAGCUGAAUGCAGCUGAGUAUCAGCGUCAGGUGGAGGAGCGCGAGGCUCAGCGCAAACAGGAGAGGGAAGAGCGUUUAGCUAGGGAAGCCAUGUUGGCCUUGGAGGCCUUGGAACGUGAGGAGGAACAGAAAGCUGCCGAAGCUGCUGCAAAGGCAGCAGACAGUCCUGUGAAAGCAUCGCACACCCCAUCAGCAGAAGAGCAAGAACUUGAUAUCAAGCCACCAAACUUCGUGGAGGACAAGAAGCUGAAAAAGCAGCAGAGGAUGUCAAACAUUCAAGGGCCCAUAUCUGGAUUUGAAGAAGCAUUUGAGCAGUUUGCUAAAUCUGCCAAUAGGAACGUGGAUACAAUGUCGGUUAAGAACGAAGACAUGAGCAUGGAAAUAAACACUGCUCAGCAGCUGACCUUCACUAAGAUGAAAAUGCCAAAGGAGGUGAAGAAAAGUCGGCGCCAUCCUCUUAGUAAACCACCCAUGCGCUCGCCUCUGUCCAUCGUCAAACAAGACCCAACCACAGAGAAAGAGCUGUCCUCUCAAAUGCCGAUGGAUAGCAGCAUGAAGAAACAGGAACACUUAUGGCGGAAUCACUCCCCAAACUUUUUGGCUGAGAAGUCCUUCAAUGCUGCCGUGGCUGGACUUGAACCAUACUGUGCUGUCUGUUCACUUUUCUGUACCUACGUGAAGCCAAACAGAGAUGCUAUCAGUUUGACCCCUGAAACCUCCCUACCUCGACAUGGUAUUUCAACUCGACCACUGGUCCCAGAGAUGUGCUUCAGUGUAGGAGCAGUCAACACAGAACCACCACCCACAAAUUACCACAUCGGGGAAGAUGGAUCCAGCCUUUUGAUCCAGUGUAAAUGUUGCGCCAUGCAAGUUCAUGCCAGUUGUUACGGUUUGAAGCCAGAGUCUGUCAGGAAUUCCUGGACCUGCACCAGGUGUACAGCGGAAGCCUGGGUAGUGGAAUGCUGCCUCUGCAACCUUCGUGGAGGAGCACUGAAGAUGACAACAGACAACAGAUGGGCCCACGUCAUCUGUGCCAUCGGUGUGCCAGAAGCUCGCUUUGUCAACGCUAUCGACAGGGAGCCGGUGGAUGUCAGUGCUGUCCCAGAAACCCGCAAGAGUUUGAAAUGUGUAUUCUGCCACACAACAAACCCCAGUCCUAACCGCGGCGCCUGCAUCCAGUGCACACAUGAGAACUGCGCCACCUCUUUCCAUGUCACAUGCGCCCAGAUUGCUGGAGUGGUGAUGAAACCCGCAGACUGGCCCUACGUGGUGUCAGUCACCUGCCACAAACAUAAAAAGGGCAUCCAGAUGGUGAAUAAGGUGAUUAAGCCUCGGACAGCCCCUAAACCUGCUCCUCAGGGUCUAGACCUGGGUCUCAAGGUGAUUGGGCGGAAAUCCGACAGUUGGUACUACCACUGCACCAUCAUUGGCAUUGCAACGCAGACGUUCUACGAGGUCAACUUUGAAGAAGGCUCAUACUGUGACAACGUGUACCCAGAGAAUAUAGUGAGUCAUGACUGUCUGCAUAACGGUCCUCCUGAUGCAGGGGAGCUGAUUGUGGUCAGUACACCGGAUGGUGAAAACCUGAAUGCUUCCUAUGUCAAAGAGCAUGUCCACAAACUCUACCAGGUGGAGUUUCAGGAUCAAAGUCAGUUGAUGCUCAAACAGUCAGAGAUCUUCCAGCUGGAUCAUGAAUUACCUAAAAGAGUUAGAGCUCGACUGGCUUUACCUACCCCACAGGAGGAAGUUCGCCCAGUUGAUGAAGCUCAAGCAGCGAAGCGCCGCCGGCUGCCCUCCAGCUCAGUUGGGGCUAACACCCCGGUUCCACUUUCUGCACCCGCACAGCAGAAUCACAGUAUUACCACUCAGCCAACCGUGGAGCCUCCCUCCAUGACUCCUACUACCAAUCAGGAAGCCCCCACUACCGUCAGCAGCGUUCAGAUGGACGCAGAGACCCCAAUGGACACAGGCGACAACCUCGCUGAGCCUCCUCUGGUCUCCAAGCCUCCGCCGACUCAUCAGCCCACCCCUUUUCAGGCCACUUUGAACUCUGACCCCUUCCUAUCUGCUCCAUCCUCCUCCUCACCACCGCUACCACCACCGCAGCACAUGGCCGACAGUUACACACCAAGCAGCGGCUACGUUUCCUACAUGGAGACACUCCUCCACUCACGUUUUCCUCAGGACGAAGCCCCAGGCCCAGUGUAUUAGAAAUCAUCUCCACCAUGUUAUUAGUCAGCUGACAGUGGCUGAGCCAACAGGAAGUAAGCUAACGAAGAGGAACUCUGAGUGCUGUUUCAAUAGACACAUGUUUCCGAGGUGAGAGGAGGAGGAGGAAACAGAAAAUAAAAGCACUCUUUUAAUGCAUGGUCUUUUUUUAUAUUUUUGAGCAGUCGUGUCUGCAGUGGUGCUUCUGCUUGCUUUGGGGCAGCACCAUAGCAGCAACUUGUUUUUUUUAUUUUAUUUUUGUUUGUUUUCUUUUUCCAACAUUAGAAUUUUUUUUCUUUCUCAGACUUUUUUUUGGCAGCUGCUGUGCUUUUCUUUCCUUCGUGUUGAUAUAAAUAAUUCUCCAGGUUGGCGUCUGUUCCAUACUUUGUUGCAUCUGUUCAAUUAUGGCACACUCCCAUGUUCUUCCCACAGAAACUAAAGCAUUAUGGCAGCCUUCAAGUGACCAGCAACAUCCGUUUUUAAAUCCAGCUAGUGGUAGCCUGGAUAUCAUCAGGUGGACCCGCAUCAUCCAGCUGCAGGCUCUCCUUUUAGUCGAAGUGUAUUCUUGUCAUAUUUUCAGGCAUAAACUGGGGAAACGGGGUUACAAGAGAAAUGUAUUGUAGCGGGAACUCAGUAUUUAAAUGUCUUUGUUAAAUAUUGAAAGAAUUAUUUGUAAUAGAGCAAACAUGUUGAAUGCAAACACUAGUAGAUUUGUCUGGAGGAUGCAUUGAAGUUUAGUGACGUAGUUAUCAGAGGACAUUUUGUGUUAACAUCAUGUGGUGGCUCCCCGUUAAAUUUGUUGGGUUUUUUUUUUUCCUCACACCAACACAAUCUCAGGGUUCCUACAAGCAGAGGCCACGUAUGACGACCCAGAAAUUUUCCACGUUCACAAUCGGCAUGUUCACAAUUACGUUCCUGAUAUUAUCAAUUAGUCCCUGGUGUUCUGCUGUUUGUCAGUGUUGUGGUUUAAUAUCACGAAGCUCCUAAUUGUACUUAAACCUGCCAAAACAUAGGAAGUUCAGCAACUGGAAACAUUUGUAGGAACCAAAAAAAUAAAACCAUAUAUUGCACCGUAUUUGAAUUUCAAUUGUAAGUAAAAAAAAACUAUAUUGUAAUUUGUUGUAUGUCUGUUUUUCUAUUAUUCUACUCUUUCUAUGUCUUUUUUCUGAAGUGAAUUCACAAACUUGGCUCAUCAUUAAUAUGAAUACCUUGAUUUUUGGUUAGGUUUUACAAGCCCAUUACUCAAUUUGUACUGCUGACCACAAAUCCUGUUUCCUGUUUUUCCUGCAUAUGUUCAUUCUGUGCUACAGAAAUGCAUAAACUACUGACAAACAGAUUUCUUGUAACACGGACCGCAGGCCUUGUGUUGUGAUUCACAUUUGUAAAUGUCACAUUAUUUCUCCCUAUAUUCUGUCGCAAUUUAAACGUUUGAGCAGAGGUGUGUUUCAAAUGAGAUCCAUUCAAAGAAAAAUUAACUCAUGGGGAUUAAAGUGGGCUGCUUUUGGCCAACUCAUU